UUCUCGAAUGUACUGGUGACGGGCAUCAGCGCGAAUUUAAAUUUAACGAUUUUAUGAAUAUUCUAUUAUCUAAUUAAAUGCCAGCAAUGAAAAUUUCUUCUCACAAAGAGGCCGUCCUUCGCGCGCGUUUAAGUCCUUCAUGAAGUAACGCUAGUAAACCGACUCUAAAUACAUUUUUUAAACGCUAAUUUCCGUUCGCAAAUUGAAGCUUAAACGCGCUUUAAGAUAACAAUAAAAAAUGUACAUAAACAUGAGCCGUCUUAAGUAAUUUAUACCAAAACAAAAGAGUUAAGCUCGGCCAAAAAUUUGCGACACGUGUACGAGAGCCUCCAAUGAGAGCCAUCCCUGCCUCGCAAUUAUUACGUUUGCCUUCUCUUCAAUAACACAGCUAUUUAAAUUUCUGUCAGCAACAAGCUGCAUGUCGUGUUUGUCGCUUGGACAACGGACAUAUUCAAAUUUAAACGUCGGGAAACACAGAGUUUUCGCUGGGAAGUUGACGUUUUAGUUUAUUCACACCGCGUCUCAAUAAGCUACUAACGGUCUCAAAGAGUCUUCGUUUUAUUCCUUUUUUAUUGUUAUUUCCGUUGUUUUUAUUUUACUAAUUGAAUCUUCAAUGGGAGUCGAUGAAGCUUUUCUUGAAGCGGGGAAGAAGCCUGGAAUGGAAAUAUGGAGGAUUGAGAAAUUGAAAGUCGUCGCUCAAGACGUUAAAACAUAUGGCACCUUUUACUCAGGAGAUUCGUAUAUUUGCCUAUCGACCAGAAAAGUUGAAUCUCAUCUUGAGUGGGAUAUUCAUUUCUGGCUUGGUACUAACACUUCCCAGGACGAGCAAGGUGUGGCUGCUUAUAAGACAGUAGAAUUGGAUGAUCAUCUCGGGGGUGGACCGGUACAGUACAGGGAGGUUCAAGAUCACGAAUCAAGGAAAUUUUUGAACUAUUUUCCGAAAGGAAUAAGAUACCUGGAAGGUGGUGUAGAUUCUGGCUUCAGAAAAGUCCAGCGAGGCGUGUACGAGAAGCGACUUUUUCAUGUCAAGGGCAAAAGAAACGUGCGAGUAUCACAGGUUGAACUACAUUACACCUCACUUAACAAAGGAGAUGUGUUUAUUCUGGACGAAGGAAUGACCAUCCAUUGUUGGAACGGGUCUCAGUGCAGCAGAACGGAGCGAAUGAAGGUAAAAAGAAACUAUGACGAGCAAGGUGUGGCUGCUUAUAAGACAGUAGAAUUGGAUGAUCAUCUCGGGGGUGGACCGGUACAGUACAGGGAGGUUCAAGAUCACGAAUCAAGGAAAUUUUUGAACUAUUUUCCGAAAGGAAUAAGAUACCUGGAAGGUGGUGUAGAUUCUGGCUUCAGAAAAGUCCAGCGAGGCGUGUACGAGAAGCGACUUUUUCAUGUCAAGGGCAAAAGAAACGUGCGAGUAUCACAGGUUGAACUACAUUACACCUCACUUAACAAAGGAGAUGUGUUUAUUCUGGACGAAGGAAUGACCAUCCAUUGUUGGAACGGGUCUCAGUGCAGCAGAACGGAGCGAAUGAAGGGAGUUGAAGUGGCGAGACGAAUAAGGGACGAAGAGAGAGGAGGAAAAGCAAAACUUGUCAUCAUAGAUGAAGGCAAAGAUCACCGGGACGAAAACAAAUUUUUUGAAGCCCUCGGGUCACGUGGUGACAUUAAGGACGCUAGCGAGGGAGGUGACGAUGUAGCAUUUGAGAAGCACAAUCAAACAAGCGUGACACUGUACAGGGUAUCCGACGAAAGCGGAACCUUGGAAAUGACACCUGUAAAUGAAAUGCCUCUGAAGAAAGAGCAUCUGGAUUCAUAUGAUUGUUUUAUUCUGGACUGCGGUAGCAGUGGAAUCUUUGUCUGGGUUGGGAAGAAAUGCACUGAUGCCGAAAAGAAAGCAGGAAUGAAGAAUGGGAUGGAAUUUAUUAGCAAUAAAGGCUACCCUCAGUGGACACAAGUCACCCGUGUGGUGGAGGGAGGGGAGACACCGAUCUUCAAACAAUUCUUCUCAGGGUGGAGGGACGAGGGAGAGCAAGUAGGAAUGGGCAAAGUGUUCCGACAAGGAGCCUUAGCUAAACAAAGUAAUGAAAAGUUUGAUGCCACUCAGCUGCACGAUCGAGAAAAACAGAAACACAAAACAGAAAUCCUACCAGACGAUGGAACAGGAGACGUGGAGAUCUGGCGCGUUGAAGACCAUGACCUAUAUCCUCUGGAGCCAAACUUACAUGGAGUGUUCUUCAGUGGCGACUCUUACGUCAUAAAGUAUAGCUUCAUGGCUAAUUGGAAGAGGCAAAUAAUAAUCUACUUUUGGCAGGGAACAAAAAGCAGUAUUGACGAAAAGGCAGCAUCAGCAAUGUUAGCUGAUCAAAUGGACAAAAAACUAGGAGGAAUAGCAACACAGAUUCGAGUUGUACAAAACAAAGAACCAGAACACUUCCUGAGAAUGUUUCGAGGGCGUUUCAUCAUUCUUGAAGUAAGUAUUCAUUUAGAUAUCACCAAGUUUUAUCAAGGUAAAGAUCAAUCUAAACAAAGUAAUGAAAAGUUUGAUGCCACUCAGCUGCACGAUCGAGAAAAACAGAAACACAAAACAGAAAUCCUACCAGACGAUGGAACAGGAGACGUGGAGAUCUGGCGCGUUGAAGACCAUGACCUAUAUCCUCUGGAGCCAAACUUACAUGGAGUGUUCUUCAGUGGCGACUCUUACGUCAUAAAGUAUAGCUUCAUGGCUAAUUGGAAGAGGCAAAUAAUAAUCUACUUUUGGCAGGGAACAAAAAGCAGUAUUGACGAAAAGGCAGCAUCAGCAAUGUUAGCUGAUCAAAUGGACAAAAAACUAGGAGGAAUAGCAACACAGAUUCGAGUUGUACAAAACAAAGAACCAGAACACUUCCUGAGAAUGUUUCGAGGGCGUUUCAUCAUUCUUGAAGUAAGUAUUCAUUUAGAUAUCACCAAGUUUUAUCAAGGUAAAGAUCAAGAAUUUAUUAGCAAAAAAGGCUACCCUCAGUGGACACAAGUCACCCGUGUGGUGGAGGGAGGGGAGACACCGAUCUUCAAACAAUUCUUCUCAGGGUGGAGGGACGAGGGAGAGCAAGUAGGAAUGGGCAAAGUGUUCCGACAAGGAGCCUUAGCUAAACAAAGUAAUGAAAAGUUUGAUGCCACUCAGCUGCACGAUCGAGAAAAACAGAAACACAAAACAGAAAUCCUACCAGACGAUGGAACAGGAGACGUGGAGAUCUGGCGCGUUGAAGACCAUGACCUAUAUCCUCUGGAGCCAAACUUACAUGGAGUGUUCUUCAGUGGCGACUCUUACGUCAUAAAGUAUAGCUUCAUGGCUAAUUGGAAGAGGCAAAUAAUAAUCUACUUUUGGCAGGGAACAAAAAGCAGUAUUGACGAAAAGGCAGCAUCAGCAAUGUUAGCUGAUCAAAUGGACAAAAAACUAGGAGGAAUAGCAACACAGAUUCGAGUUGUACAAAACAAAGAACCAGAACACUUCCUGAGAAUGUUUCGAGGGCGUUUCAUCAUUCUUGAAGGUGGCAGAGGAGCUGGAUACCGUGCUGGUUCAGAGGAGGAUACAUACGACCACGAAGGCAAGAGAAUGUUUCAUGUUCGUGGUUCGUCGGACAUGAAUGCUAAAGCAAUGCAGGUGCCUCGAAGAGCUGCCUCGCUGAAUUCAGGAGACAUGUUUGUGUUGGAGACUCCUUACGUGGCCUACUUGUGGAGAGGAAAGGGAGCAUGCGCAGCUGAAAGGAGGAAUGCCAGACAGCUAAUCGAUUACCUUAUGGUUGGAAGGGAGGUGGAGCCAAUUCGAGAAGGGAAGGAACCGAAGACAUUUUGGGAAGCUAUUGGUGGAUACGAAGAAUACUCUACAGGGAAACGUAUGGAGGAAGAAAAGCCCAGCUACCCACCUCGUUUGUUUCAAUGUUCCAACGCUUCCGGCGCGUUUAGAGUGGAAGAGAUAUUUGAAUUUUGUCAAGAGGACCUUAUUGAGGACGAUGUUAUGUUCCUGGACACCUAUGAUGAGGUGUUCGUCUGGAUUGGAGAUGGAGCAAACGAAGUGGAGAAAGCUGAAGCUGUUACCGUGGCCAUGGACUAUGUACGAUCUGACCCUUCUGGUCGAACCUUGGAUGAUACGAUGAUAAUACAGGUUAAACAGGGAUACGAGCCUCUGAAUUUCACUGGACACUUCCAGGCCUGGGACCGAGACAAAUGGAGCGAAGGAAAGACAUAUGAAGAGAUAAAACAAGAAAUGGGAGAGGAAGGCAUCAAAAAAGUGUCCGAGAUACGAAUAACUACACAGACUGUGAAAGCAAUGAAUAACAAUAACAGUGGCGACUUCACUGAAACAGAUGGUUCUAGCUACUCGUAUGAAGUCUUGGCGCAGCCAUCUCAUCUUCUCCCUGGAGGAAUCGAUAAGACAAACAGAGAGCGUUACUUGUCAAAUGAGGAGUUUUUCUUGGUAUUCGACAUGGAGAGGACUGAGUUCGAGUCUCUACCAAGAUGGAAACAAGUGCAGCUUAAGAAGGAAAAGGGCUUGUUUUAGUUCGCUAUAAUGAAUGACACGAGGCGUACAGCUCGACGUAAAACACUUGAGCUGAUUCAGAGGAAAAUGAUCUUAGGCAGCGUCCACACUACGCAGGAGAAAUUUGAAAACGCAGCUUUAUUUUAUUCAGUCAGGCCCACCGU